ACCAGUCCGCCAUUUUGUCAGCCAUUUCCUAGACUGCUCCGCUGCAGAUCAGCAUACAGAGAAGGAGCGAAACCCCUCCUGCACAGGCCGUUGCUCGGGACCGAAUGAGAGACUAGUGCUCUAACGGGCCGGUCAGUACUCGGAUAAAUCCCGUGUUUACGGUUUGGUCCGGUCGGACAGGAGGGAAAUCGUCAUGGCUCUGAAAAUCGUGAAGGGAAGCAUCGAUCGGAUGUUCGACAAAAACCUGCAGGAUUUAGUACGUGGCAUUAGAAACCAUAAGGAAGAUGAGGCCAAAUACAUCUCUACCUGCAUCGAUGAGAUCAAACAAGAACUUAAACAAGAUAACAUUGCUGUUAAAGCCAAUGCUGUCUGCAAACUCACCUAUUUGCAGAUGCUUGGCUAUGAUGUUAGCUGGGCUGCGUUCAACAUUGUGGAGGUGAUGAGCUCCUCCAAAUUCACAUUCAAGAGAAUCGGCUACCUUGCAGCUUCACAAUGCUUUCAUGAGGGCACCGAUGUCAUAAUGCUGACAACCAAUCAGAUUCGCAAGGAUCUCAGCAGCCCCAACCAAUAUGACACUGGUGUGGCGCUGACUGGACUUUCCUGCUUCGUGACCCCUGACCUUGCCCGUGACCUGGCUAAUGACAUCAUGACAUUGAUGUCUCACACUAAGCCGUACAUUCGAAAGAAGGCGGUGCUAAUUAUGUAUAAAGUAUUCCUCAAGUAUCCAGAGUCCCUCCGGCCCGCCUUUCCGCGAUUGAAGGAGAAGUUGGAGGAUCCGGAUCCUGGCGUCCAGUCAGCUGCUGUAAAUGUCAUCUGUGAACUGGCAAGAAGGAACCCUAAGAACUACCUUUCCCUGGCACCCCUGUUCUUCAAGCUUAUGACCUCGUCCACCAACAACUGGGUGCUCAUUAAGAUCAUUAAGCUGUUUGGUGCUCUUACUCCUUUGGAGCCUCGUUUGGGAAAGAAACUAAUUGAGCCCCUAACCAACCUCAUUCACAGUACCUCGGCCAUGUCGCUUCUUUAUGAGUGUGUCAACACGGUUAUAGCAGUACUGAUCUCUUUGUCCUCUGGGAUGCCCAAUCACAGCGCUAGCAUACAGCUCUGUGUCCAGAAACUGCGAAUCCUUAUUGAAGACUCGGACCAGAACUUGAAGUACUUGGGUCUGUUGGCCAUGUCCAAGAUCCUGAAGACGCACCCAAAAUCUGUGCAGUCACACAAGGACCUUAUCCUGCAAUGUCUGGAUGAUAAAGAUGAGUCCAUACGUCUGAGAGCUCUGGAUCUUCUCUACGGCAUGGUAUCGAAGAAGAACUUGAUGGAGAUUGUGAAGAAACUCAUGCUUCACGUGGACAAAGCAGAAGGCACCACUUACCGAGACGAACUGCUUACCAAGAUCAUCGACAUCUGCAGCCAGAGCAACUACCAGUACAUCACUAACUUUGAGUGGUACAUCAGUAUUCUGGUGGAGUUGACUCGUCUGGAGGGCACCAGGCACGGACACCUGAUCGCCUCGCAGAUGCUGGACGUCGCCAUCCGUGUCAAAGCCAUCCGAGGCUUUGCCGUGGCUCAAAUGGCCACUCUGCUGGACAACGCACACCUGCUGACCGGCAACACGCAGAGAAAUGGCAUUUGUGAGGUGCUGUACGCUGCCGCAUGGAUUUGUGGAGAGUUCUCAGAACAUUUGGAGGAUCCUUUACAGACACUGGAGGCCAUGCUGAGGCCCAAAGUGGCCACCUUGCCUGGUCACAUCCAGGCGGUGUACGUUCAAAACGCUGCAAAGCUGUUUGCCACCGUGCUGCAGAAACAUGAAGGAGAGACUGACAGUCAGGUCACACAGGAGACAAGCCAGCUGCUCAUUGAAAGACUGCCACUGUUUGUCCAGAGCGCUAACCUGGAAGUGCAGGAAAGGGCGUCCUGCAUACUGCAGCUGGUGAAGUACAUUCAGAAACUUCAGCAGAAGAACGUUGAGGUGGCAGAGGAAGUGACGGCUCUCUUCGCUGGAGAACUCAACCCUGUGGCCCCCAAGGCCCAGAAGAAAGUGCCUGUACCAGAAGGUCUGGACCUGGAUGCCUGGAUCAAUGAGCCUCCAUCAGAGAGCGAGUCUGAGGAUGAGAAGCCCAAAGCUGUGUUUGCUAAAGAGGAGCCCAAACAUUCCAGAUCAAAACACACUGAAGUGGAUGAAAAGGAGUUGGCCAGGAGGAGGGAAGCCCGGAAGCAGGAACAGGCCAACAACCCGUUCUACAUCAAAGCCUCACCAUCAUCUCAGAAGGGGUUCGAUGCACCCGGUGUAGAGCACAUUCCAGUAGUGCAGAUCGACCUUAGCGUGCCUCUCAAAGUGCCAGGGAUGCCCAUGUCAGACCAGUAUGUGAAGCUGGAGGAGGAACGCCGGCAGAAGCAGAAAGCAGAUAAGAAGAAGAAAGAGAAGAAGAAAAAGAGAGAGAAGCGAGGAAAGGGGAGAAAGGGAGAUUCAGGCCCAGAGAGUGAAGAAGACAUCACACCUGCUCACCACGUGGAUAUAGUCACAGAGGAAAUGCCAGAGAAUGCCUUACCUAGUGACGAUGAUGACAAAGAUCCCAAUGACCCUCACAAGGCUCUGGACAUCGAUUUAGACAAUUUGCUAUCUGGUGCUGGCUCAAGGCCCCUUGCAGACAGCGACAAGCUUCCGGUCAGGACCCACCGUCCUGAGGUGCUUCAGAGCCCCACAGAGGACAGAGACCGUGAAGAGGUUACACAAGAGGCCAAGAAGAAGAGCGGUAAGGAGAAGAAAGAGAAGAAGAAGGAUAAGGAGAAGGACAGGAAGAGGAGCAAAGAGGAAAAGAAGAAAAAGAAGAAACACAAAGAAGUGGAGGAGGAGCUCAUGGAAUCUCAGCAAGAAGAGGCAAUCCAAUCAGAGGAAAUCAAAGAAGUGGCAGCCCUGCCCACAUCAACAUCUGUAGAGGCCUCCGAUCUGGAUUUCUGGCUCUCUAGUGCUCCUGUUCCCCACGUUGCCCAGGAUGUGACAGCUCCCACCUCAGUCACUACUUUAGAGACAAGCUCUGCAGCCGCUGUAGAGUCUGAACCAGAUGAGCGCAAAGACACAGAACCAGAGGACACGAAAUCCUCCAAACACAAGAAGAAAAAGCAGAAGAAAGAAAAAGAGGAGAAAGAGAAGAAGAAAAAGAAGCGACAUCACCACCACCAUCAUCAUCACGGUGAUGGAGGAGAAGAUUCAGUGCAGAACGGCACUGUGGAGGAGGAGGAGCCUCUCCCGCCCAUGUCAAACUACUCUCUGCUGGCCGAGAACUCCUACAUCAAGAUGGUGUACGAUAUCCAGGGAAACCACCAGGACGAGAGUCAAGUUGUGGUGUCGGUCAUCUUCGAGAACAAAUGCGACAGCUUCCUCAAGUCCAUGGAGUUCAACGUGCUGGAUUCCCUCAACUCUAAACUGCAACGGCCUGAGGGAGCCGGACCCCACGACGGCCUUACCGUCCCCUUUCAACUGCCACCAGGGGUGUCAAAUGAGGCGCGAUUCGUUUUCACAGUGCAGAGUAUCGUCAUGCCCCAGAAGUUAAAGGGAACACUCACCUUUAUAGUUAAGACGGAUGACUCCUCCACUCACGAGAAACUGGACUUCAAACUGCACUUUACAUGCACAUCAUACUUGAUCACAACUCCAUGCUACAGUGAUGCAUACGCUAAGCUUUUGGAGUCUGGCGACCUGAAGGGGAGCUCUUUACGGCUGGAGGGAAUCAACAUGCCCUUCCAUCACCUGCUGGCCAGGAUCUGUUUCUACCAUCACUUCUCUGUUGUGGAGAGGAUCGACUCCUGCGCCUCCAUGUACAGCAGGUCGAUCCAGGGUCACCAUGUCUGUUUGCUGGUCAAAACCGCUGAUCAGACCGUCUCCAUCGACGCCAAGUGUGACGAGCCAUCUCUGCUGGGGAACUUGCUGGAUGAAAUCAAGGAGACCUUCUCAAAAUGCUGAUCGAGUCUGAGAAGACGUGUCACCAACCUGAAAACCCCCUAAAUCCCACUGCAGCCUCCUGGAUAAAAAAACACAAGCUUAGACUUGUGUUCCCUCCUCUGAACUUCCUCUGUAUUUAUUGGAUCUCUUAUUCUGUUGUUUUUCGUAAAUUUCAAGUCCAUCUCUUGCCUGUCACUGAUUUUCAUUUCCCUUCUUGACUUCGGCAUUCCUCUUAUCUGAUCUUAUGCUUCAUCCCGCACCGUUUUCCUCGGCGGCUUCUCGCAAUGAAUACGUCAUGACGCGUUUUGCUCCCUCUGACAUUCUUUCAUUGUCUUAACGGUUCAUGACAUUGAUCCUAAGAACUGGAUUGCUCAUCAAUGCUCAAGUUGUGUUUUUUCUUCGUUUUGCAUUGUUGUUUGUUGUCGUUUUUUUUCUGUCCUGAAUUCCAUCAGCGCCUUUCUCAGCAUUAAACAUCAGCGUGUUUGCUUCUUGCCAGUUUUGUAGAGAAUGUGUGUGUGUGUGUUACGUGUCUUACAGGACUGGGUCAUGCCAGAAAUCCCACUCUUUGAACUGCCCCUGAGCACCAACCUCACACCCAACUUCACUAAUUUUCAUUUAUAUGCACGCUAGUAAGUACAGGAACACAGGGUUGCACUCUAAUACCACACUUGUUCCACAGUGUGCAAGCCAAGACAGUGUCAUGGCCCAUUACUAUUUGUAUUCUUGUGCUGAUUUAAGAACAAUCCAGGCACAGUUUUGAUAAUGUGAGUUACUACAUCACUAACUACGAUAGCAUAUAAUUCAGUAUAACUGCACACUACCAUCUUGCUCAGGAUUAUGGCAGUUAAUAAACAGUCAAAUAAAUAACACAUUGACUUCAUGCCUGUCAUGUUGGUCCAGUUAUUCUUGCAUUUUCUCUAUGGAUCCAAUUAAAUGGACUCCUAAAGGAUUUCCCUGUCAAUAAAGGAAUUUUCUUGUUAAGCUCUAAGACAAAUCAUGUCUGAAUUCCUAUCUGUGGCCAUCAACAGCAACCAUAGAUAUACAGUACAUGAACAUAAACUUAAAUUCAACCCCAAAUGUUCCUUUAUAAUUCCAUUUAUCGCACAGAAGUAUCUCUGUAUGUUUUCUCUGGACAGUGUUAUAUAUAUAUAUAUAUAUAUAUAUAUAUAUAUAUAUAUAUAUAUAUAUAUAUAUAUAUAUAUAUAUAUAUAUAUAUAUAGGUUCCCUGUUCUGUUUCUUAUAUAUGACUUAUAUAGGAAAAUUAUACUGUAAAGGGAACAUCUGUAAAACGUGCACUUGCUCAGUCUGUAUCACUUCUACCAAAUGCCUUUGUGGCUUAGACAUCACCCAAACUCCCGAUUCAUGUGUUUGUCAGCUUUCUGACUGCCAUCUUGUACAUUUGGCAAUUGCAAUCAGUCGCUUCUUUUUUUAAAGCUGUUUAAUGCCUUUUUUCACACUACUGAAAUUGUACUGACUAAUUCAGGCACAUGCUGUAAGUAUAUAUAUCCUGUCUGAUCCAGCACGCUGUAGCGCUCUGUUGUAAGGUUGCAACCAAAGAGGGUAACUUGCAAGUGUUUGCCAUCAAACUGCUUCAAGAAUUGACUGAAUAUCAAGUUAUAAGGAUGUUUCUGGAAGAUAAACACUUCUGUAGUGAUUGACAGUUUCUGUAAAGAUUAAAUCGAUAUAGCAACCGUGUUACAAGUCACAUUCAGAUUUAUUACAUGCAUGGUAGGAAUGUCAUUUUCCCUUGCCUAUUUUUUUUAUUUUAUUAAUACAUAAACACUUGCAUAGAAAAAGUCCUUACCAUUCCUUUUACUUUUUUACAUUGAUGUUAGCUUCACCAUUAUACAUGGUUUUUAUUUGUUAUGAGUACUUUAAAAAAUGUCUUGGAAUGUUUUUAAGAAUUUGCAUUAAAUUAUUAUAUACAUAUAUCAAUACAGGGGGUUUGGGAGGGGGGUGUCUCAAAAAGCAGAAAUUUAGGGGGUCCGUAUAGAUAUGAAUUCUUAGCCAUUAAAUGUGAUUAAGUGAAGUGGCCCAGCUAAUCUAAUAAGGUUUUCUCUCUGGCAAGUUGUAGUGCAGAUAUUGCUGGAUUUGGCUUUUCAUUAAGUAACCUCUCAUUGCUCUUUGUUUGACGGUACUGUCCGACUCCUUCAUAUGAAUUUUCAGACUGUCUGAUGUAAUAUAAUGUUUUAAGAUGAAUAAAUGAGCAAAAUGAAUGGCCGAUAGUUUUCUCCUACCAUUCUUGAGAAGUGCAUUUAAGAGUUCAGAAAGGACACUGUAGUUUGUGUGUGUACCAAUAAAUUCAUACAUAUAAUGUAUAUUCAAAUGUUUAUGUUUGCAUCUAUUUUAAUGACUUCAGAUGAUUCCUGUUUAUAUUCAUGUGUGAACAACUUAUUCCAUAUAUUCAAUCGUUACAAUGCAAUGGGCCACAAAUCAUCUGUUUUGUUUACCUGACAACGUUGAAGUGUUAUUCUCAUGUACAUUGAACUGUAUUGGAUUUGAUAGACUGAAUAUGUGAAGCUAAUAUAGUUCUUGUAUGAUGGAUCUAUGAUCGAACAACAGGUAGUGUAUACAUCUAUGUAUCUUCAUGGCCCCCCAUAUCUUGUCCACAACAAUCUCAAUUUCUACACAAUAAAAUAGCUUUGCAUAACCAGA